ACAAUUCAAAUAUUCAAACUAACACAUUCCAACGUUUUCUUAAUUGUUUUUCUCUAUUCAACCUCUACACGAGCUUCGAGCUCGUCAACUAUGGAGAUUAUCACACCAUUGUUACAAUCAAUGCAUUUCAAAAUAUGGUUAUUGUGGGAGCUACAGUUUUUCAUUGAUUUGUAAUUGGAUGGUGCUUGGAGGAUGGAGGUGCAUUUUUUCCUCUAAAAUAUGGUUUGAUUUCAAGUCUCUAGACUCGGAAAUAUUGAGGUUUGUGAAAGAAAUCGAAAAGAAAUGAAGAGAAGAACUGAACAGAAAAUGAAAGGUACGAGAAAGGUGGUUAAUCCACAGCAAAUUGUGUAUGAACUCAAGCGUCGAGUAGUUUUUGCUAUAAAUAAGAUUGCAGACCGUGAUACUUACCAAAUUGGAGUUCAGGAGCUUGAAAAAAUAGCUGAAUGUUUAAGCCCUGAUGAAAUUGUCCCAUUUUUGUCUUGCAUAUUGGAUUCUGAUUCGGAGCAGAAAAGUGCAGUUCGCAAGGAGUGUGUGAGGAUGAUGGGUGUAUUAGUGAAAAUGCAAGGGGAUCUUGUAGGGCCGCACUUGGCAAAGAUGGUUACUUCAAUAUCAAAACGACUCAAAGAUCAAGACACUGUUGUCAGGGUUGCUUGUGUGGAGACAAUGGGUGUUUUUGCAUCAGAAUUUGGAAACAAUUCAGUAGACAGUGAUGAUAUAUUUGUCUUGUUAGUGAGACCCUUUUUUGAGGCCUUAGGUGAUCAGAAUAAGCAGAUUCAGGCAGGUGCUGCAAUGUGCCUUGCAAGAGUGAUUGACAACAUGAAUGAUCCUCCUAUUUCAAUCUUGCAAAAGAUGUUGGCUCGCACCAUGAAGUUGCUCAAGAAUCCACAUUACAAGGCUAAACCUUCAAUGAUUGAAUUGAACAAAAGUCUCAUUCAGGCGGGAGGUGCUCUGUCACAUAGUGCUUUAUCUACUGCCAUUUGUAGCAUCCAAGAAGCUCUUAAAGAUAAUGACUGGACAACUCGUAAAGCUGCGUCAUUAGCAUUGGGAGAGAUAGCUUCAAGUGGGGGCCCCUUCUUGGCACCUUUUAUGGCUUCCUGCAUUCAAGCACUUGAGUCAUGCCGCUUUGAUAAGGUGAAACCUGUCCGAGAAACAAUAUUGCAGGCUCUUCAUUGCUGGAGAAGUAUUGAAAGGAAGAAUGUGCCUGAACCUUCAGAUAUGGUGUCUGCUAUUAAAGAUAGUUUAAGUGGAGAUGACUAUGGGGAUAUAGUUUCUGCUGGUAGCUCUGUGUGGAAAGAUAUUGCCCAUAAAGAAUCGAAGACCAAUGUUGUCAGGAACGGAGCUACAGUAUCAACAAGAAACAGAAGUCCUAAUUUUGCCGAGAGAUCAGGCAAGUCUAAUGAUUGUGAGUGGCAUAUAGAUGUUGCUGUUGCAAAAAAGUGCCCUGCUAUUCCACGAUAUCUUCACAAUGAUGAAUCUGAGAGUAGCUCAGCUUGCAAGAUACAAGAAACAAUAACGGCUGAUGUCAUAAGUAUUCAAAAUAGGGGAAAUGAUUAUGAUACAAGUGACGAUAAGCAAGAGUAUUCAUCCGCUUCUAACUAUGUCUCAGAUAAUUAUGCUAACAAGAUUAUGUCAGCUUUUCAUUACAAUUCUGGUAGAGGUGAUAUCAUGAAGUCAACAAGAACAGAUAAAAUGUUUGCAGUGGGAAACAAUGAUAAUGAAACUGGAAAAAAGUCAUACAAGUCAAAGUUAGAAGAUCGUAGAAGUCUUGAUUCUACUAUAACUGAAGUUGAAGAGUGCCAUUCUGUGCAUUGUUCCCAGACAGAAAAUGAGAUUAGUUCAAUCCAAAAACAGCUUUUGGAAAUAGAAAAGAAGCAGUCAAGAUUGAUGGAUCUCUUUCAGGGAUUCUCAAUGAGCACCAUGGAAACGUUGUCUGUAAUUCAGUCGAAGGUUUCCAAUCUUGAGCAAGCUGUUGACAAAUUAGCACACGACGUUGUUCAUAUAGGAAAAUGUAAUGAUCAUACAAGUAUUAGAUACACUGAAAAUUGCCGGAGUGCUGCUUCUCCUGGAAUUUCCAACACUUCUACUCCUAGGCCAUCAAUAGACAUGCAGGACAGAAAUUCUUCUGCACGGUCUUCAAGGAACAAGGAUGCUUCGGAGGGAAAAGAAGUAGUGAUCAGAAAUAAGAGCAAUUCUAUUAGCCCAUAUCUGGACUCUCGGAGACGACCAUUGUCAAUGGUAAACAGGAAUUUUAUAGGAAAUGGACCUAAAAAAAGUACAGGGCAUGAUGCGCAGAACAUGAACUACUGUCAACGUAGACAAACUGAUUGGGUCGAUUCUUCAACUUCCCAAGGUCAUACUCAGCAGAAAGGAAAAGUGAAUGAAAAUGGCAUUUGGAAACAUGUCAAGGAUCUUUUGUGCGAUAGUGACCUUGAUUCUGCCUAUAGAGAAGCCCUAUAUUCAGGCGAUCAGCUACUUCUUAUUAAGCUCAUUGACGGAACUGGACCCGUGCUAGAUAGUUUAUCGAAUGAAACUAUCAGCAAUCUAUUUACCGCUUUAGCAUCUUGUGUGUUGGAACAUAGAAUUGUCGAAUCUAUAAUUCCUUGGUUGCAACAGAUAGUAGAUAUGAGUGCAAUUCAUGGAGCAAAUUAUAUUCCUCUAUCUCUUAAGGUAAGGAGAGAAAUUCUAUCAGCAGUGCAGGAAGCAUUGGAUGUACAAGUUACUCAUCCUACAAAAAGAAGAAUGGUCGCCCAACUGGCUAUGAAAUUGCAACAAAUCUGGGGUUAGACUGCUGUUUUCACAUACACUACGCUGUCGAUUUAACCAUUUUGUGAGCUAGCCUAGCUGUUACGUCUGCUAGCAGACUUUAUGGCAUAUUAUUUUAUGGUGAUUUCACACUCAGAUAAUUUAGUGGCAUCGGGGCAUUGUAAUGCUUUUUCACUGUGUUCUGUGUUAAACUCAUAAACAAAUGCUAUAACCUUCAAUAGCAAGGUUUUUGUACGCUCGAACACCCAGUUUCUUUUUCAGAUAGGCAGCCUAAUGUGCUGAAUCUUGUUCCUCAUUAGCCGGUGCUUUUCCAUCUUAUCAGGCCGUUAAAGAUAUUACUGAAGGCGAUCGCACUUUUGUAAGAAAUCUGUUGUAAUGUUUAUCCGGUCAUCGUCUCUUUUUAUUUGUAAAUUUGUUACUACUAUCAGUUUUACUUGCAUUUUUAUUCCACUUUAAAUAGGAAGCUUCCAUUGUAAUGUCCUUGUGUUCUGAGUAUGAUUUUUCAGCUUGGGUUAUGUUUUUUUGACCCAAUUGGACAACUUUACCUUCAA